ACGAACCGAGCUGGGCCAGCUUCAUGGCGGGACGCCAAAAGGAGAAGGAAGUGCCAGACGAGGUCCAUCAGAACCAGAUCUUGCGGGAAUUGUACCUCAAAGAGUUACGAACCCAGAAACUCUACACGCAGUACCACGUGAAUCCCCUCCGAAAGGUUCAUACAAUCACCAGAAAGCCUAUGUCUUGGCAUGAUAACCUGGAGGAACCUGCAGAUGUCAGGUUUCUGAAUCUCAUUCACCAUGCUGCCCAGGGCCCGAGGAAGAAAUACUGUGAGACACAGACUGAGAACCACGAAAUCGGCUGGCAGUCACAGCCCCUGAUCGACCCCGCCCAUAGUGACCGCAGGCUGAACCACUUCAAGGUCUUCAAUGACAUCACCCUGUACAAGGCCAAACUGUGGCAGUUGGGAGCAGGCUACAGCCGCAAGUAGCAUGCCAGCAGCGAUGGUGAUCCUGUGUCUCACGCCCCAAGGGCAGCCGUCCAGAUCAAUAAAUAACACUUUAACACUGAAGUCUG